AUGCAUGACCAGUUGAAGGAACUGGCAGGAAAGUACGAUGAGAUGACAAAAAAGAUGGGAGGUUCUUCCUCGGUAGAAAGCCUGCUAAACCAAACAAAUCUGCCAUACGACGCACAAAUUAUGGCCAUGCAGUUCCCACUAAAGUUCAAGGUUCCAAAAGUAGACAUGUACAAUAGGUCCAGAGACCCGGUAGAUCAUCUGGAGAACUUUAAAGCUCAUAUCAUGCUCCAUGGUUUCCCAGGGGAGAUUGCGUGUCGGCCUUUCCCUUUGACCUUAAAAGGGAUGGCAAGGGGGUGGAGACAUCGGCGCCCAACCGCCUACAUGCUAACAGUCAAGCAAAGGGAAGAUGAGAAUUUGAAGGCUUACCUGGCCCGUUUCAACAAGGAACGCUUAACAACGGAUGACCAAGAUGAAAAGAUCACUUUGGCCACCCUUCUGGGAGGAUUAUGGCCGCACAGUCCUUUUAUGGCAGAGUUGGCCCGAAGAACUCCUUCCACCCUCAGAGAAUUCAUGGACAAGGCUGAUGACUUUGUUAAUACAGAUGAUACUCUGCAAGCAUUAGUGGAUCCUGGUAUGGAAGAUAGGAGGCUCGAGCGAAGGAGUGGGCAAGUUGACAAGAAAGUUAAGGCGGGUAGACGAGAAAGAGUGCGGGAGGGGCGCGUAGAUCACAACCCUAGGCUGGUGCAUAAUAAUCUGGGCAUACGAGAAGAAGAGAAGGAAAGAGGAGGUCAUCGCCCUAUCAAGACGGGCAGUCGAUACUGUAAAUAUCACCAGACAAGCUCACACUGGACUGAAGACUACCCGACCAUGAAAAAAAGAGUAGUUGAGUUAGCAAAGACUGGUGAGUUGGACCGAAUGGUUGCAGAGCGGCCGAAGCCCAGAAGGCACUAG